AUGGCGCCCUUCCAACAUGUAAAGCAGCUUUUCUCCAGGACAAAGGCGGAGACGCCCGGCAAGCCUCCUCGUUUCCUCGCCUUCCGCUCUUCAACCUUCCUGAUAGUGGCAACUGUGAACCUGGCUAUCUUCACUGAUAUCUUCUUCUAUGCGUUGAUCGUGCCCGUGCUUCCUUUUGCCUUGUCAACCCAAGCUGGCGUUGCCGAGGACGAUGUCCAAACCUGGGUUUCUAUCCUCCUGGCAGCUUACAGCGCGGCUUUGUUCAUUGGAAGCCCGGCUUCUGGCAUUUAUGCAGACCAUACGUCUUCGAGGAGAUGGCCGUUACUCCUAGGUCUGGCGGCUCUCGCGGGUGCGACCUUUUUGCUAGCUUUUGGAAACUCCGUCGGGCUCUUCAUCGUAGGUAGAUUGCUGCAAGGGCUGAGUGCUGCCGUCGUAUGGAGUGUAGGCUGUGCACUACUCGUGGACACGGUGGGAAGCUCCGUUGGUGUGGCGAUGGGAUAUGUUAGCACCUCAAUGAGCGUUGCCCUCCUCCUUGCUCCCAUAAUUGGCGGCGUGCUCUACAAUAAUGUCGGAUAUGUAGCCGUCUACUAUGUUGCUUUUGGCGUUGUGGGGUUGGACAUUGUGCUGCGUCUUGUCAUGAUUGAGAAGAAGAUUGCGCGGCAGUGGAUCAAGGAUCCCGAAGCCGAAACUACUUCCCAGAGCGACGUGGAAAAGAACACCCAAGGGGAUAGCUCGGCUGAGGAGCCUCCCAAAAGCUCUACAAUCCCAACCGAGACAGAAACAGGGAUAACAACUGCAGAGCCGCGAGCCAGCCAGUCCGAUGAUCAGAGCAGUGAUGAAAAGGGGGAUAAGAAAAAGAACAGACUUCGUCCACUGAUUGAACUCCUAAAAUCGCCAAGACUCCUGGUAGCUCUGUACGGUAUCCUGGUCGAGUCAGGCAUUCUACUAGGCUUUGAUGCUGUCUUGGCCCUUUUCGUCCGAGGAUUGUUUGAAUGGAACGCAACGGCUGUUGCGGUCCUCUUCCUUGCUCUUUUCAUCCCAGGAUUCAUUGCACCCUUAGCAGGCUGGCUAUCCGAUAGGUAUGGCGCCAAAUGGCCAUCAUUCGCAGGUUUUGUCGCAACUAUCCCUGUGUUGAUCUCUCUUCGGUUUGUCACGGAGAACAACAUCGGACACAAAGUGCUCCUAGCAGUUCUGCUUGCUCUUGCUGGAGCUACGCUUCCGUUCUCUAUGACCCCUCUGAUGGCGGAAAUCAGCUAUGUUAUAGAGGCUAAAGAGGCUGAGAACCCUGGAAUCUUUGGGGAGAAGGGUGUCUACGGCCUUGCCUACGGGCUGUUCAACAUGGCGUUUGCAUUGGGUGGCAUAAUUGGUCCUAUCUGGGCUGGCUAUGUCGUUGACUCUGCUGGUUGGGGCACACUUACGUGGAACUUCGGUUUAUGGGCUGCCUCUGCUGCACUGGCUGUUUUCAUCUUUGGAGCCAACAAACCAAAAACUCCUACCACAGAAGACACACCAACCGAAAGUGCAUGA